AUGCGCAUCAAGCAGGCCCUGGCCCUCUAUGCCACUAUCGGCACAUCGCCAUUCACAUGUGCCCUGGAAGAGCCACGGCGGACGGUACAGCCCGACCAUGAUACCGCCAAAGCUAAUGCCCAUCGAAUAUUCAACGCCAUUCAUUCAGCAGGGAGACAAUGGGGAUCUUCUAUCAACCACAACGGGCUGAGCUUCUUUCCGGCAGUGAUGCCGAAGGGGACGCUCAUGUACCACGGGUCCGAAGCCAACAGCACCCCGCCCGGUCCAGAGUGGCUCGCCUUUGAGGUUGAGCACGCAGAAGCAUUCGCCUUGUCCCUCGCUCUGCGUGGCAAGGAGCAGGGCCAAGCGUCUUUGAGUGAUGUGCUGCAGAAACCCAUCGGCCCUAUGCGCGCGCGGCAACAAUCGGCUUCCAACCUCCGAGGCUACUUCCACACUUACAGGGCCAACAGGGACGUGAACUUACUUUACGUUGACGGCAUGAGCGCCGGCAAGACCCGCAUGGGCACGCUCGACUCACAGGAUCUCGUCCUGCGCGAGAACAAGACGGGUGAUGUGUGGGAUGGCUUCAUGGACGAAUUGCAACGUGCCAGCAGCAUUUGCGACCUGAUCAAAGACUGGGGCUACGACGGCUUCAUGCGCAUGGAGAUUGGAUUCGAGGUGGUAUAUUGCGACUUUGACGUGGGCGUCGAUCUCAUAUCAAUUAAGCGCACCGUCCUGCGUAAGGACAAGAGGGAGGAAGAGCUGAUGAACCCUUACCAAUGGGCGCGGGCUGUGACGGAGCGAUACGACGGAAUUGGCGGCGAUAGGGUUCGAAUCGACUUCUCCUCGAUGGUGUCGGCCUUUUGGUUCCCCGUCAAUAUAUCCAACACCGAUCCGACACGACCAGAUCUCCCUCGACUAGCUGCAGCCAGCCCAGAUGAGUGGACGGACAUCAAGGCCCACGUGAACAAGGUCUUUGUCGAGCCGAGACGGUACACUGUCAACUGGCAGGCCGUCGUGGACAUGAUUGUGACGCGAUUCUCGAACCGCUUCGCUCUGAUGGCGUCGCCGCAUCUGGCACCCUUGCGGUUUAUCGACGAGCUCAACGUCGCUUCCUUGGCCUACUUUGACGCACCAGCACUGCCAGACGACGUCACAGUACUGGGUCCCAAAAGCCGAAAUCGAACCUCUGAGGCCAUCGAAGCCUGCGCAGAGCAUUACCUCUUGCCAACGUACCUGGUCCGCGACGAUUGGAGCCUCGAAGACCAUCUCAUUCACACGGCGCUCGAGACGGUCCUGUCCAGCAUAUGUCGAGGUUUAUAUGAUAUGCGGUCGGUUAUAGGCGAAGAGACUUUGGACCCGGGGUCGUCGGCACCAACCGACACACAGGAUCUAGAGCGAGUUGUGGAGGAAAGCCGCAGGAUCCUCGAAAGCCUGCGUAAGGAUCUUGCCUGGACAACAUGGAAGAGACCGCAAGUGUGCCCGGUGGACGAGAUUCUGCUUAUGGUCAUGUGGCCGGUGGGGAACCCCGAAGACUACUGGAACCCUGGCUGCCGCUCCGACAGCGACAUUUCGUUUGAACGACGAGGGUACUGGUGGCCCGGCCACGACGGACGCGCAUGA